CCCGCUGCCAGCAGUCUAGACGCUACGGUCGAACGGAACGGUUGUAUUUCCGACACGUUCCUCGUCGUCGCCGGGGUUCCGUGUAAACACCGCGUGGAUUGUAACCGUUGUUGAUCAACGCGUUAUCGCUGCUGGCUGAUACGUCGACGACGUCGAUAGACAGGACAGGUGGCCAAAGUUCAUAUCCAGUCGAGCUGGCGAGCGGUUGAUUCAUGGGUGGCGUCCAGCAAACAUUAACGAUGGUUCGAUGAAUAUAGUCCAAAUUCUAAGUUAACUCCGUAACGGAAAGUGAUGAUCGCUGCCUUUUAGUGACAAAUGUGUUUUUGAAAAAAAAAAAAGGAAAAUAAGAGUGCCAAAGUUUCCAAAAAAUUCUAAUGAACCACCCUGAGCUAAGGUGAUCAACAACAACAUGCGGAGAGAAAAGUUCUGUGAGGGUUACAGAAAUGGAACCAUAUCAAAGUCUUCCGCGUUGCUGCUGCUCGCCGGGAGUGUUCUCCUGCUGCUGCUGGUACCUUCGCCGACUUUGGCAGCCGUCAGCAGCAGCAGCGAUCUAACGGUGAAGGAGCAGCGAUGCUGCCGGGAGGGAGAUUUUCUGACGCUCGAGCACAUCGGUUGCCAGCGUGGUACCGGCAACUCGACGUACAAGACGCCGCUGAACUGCACCUCGCACUACCUGAUCUACCGGGAGGUGGAGCAGGAGGUGCACGUAGGUUCGAAGGGAAACCUGGUGGACGGGAGCUACGAGGUGGCCUGGGAUGACUACUGUUCGGCCACCGUGAGCGACGCCGACGGGUUCCAGCAGGUGUUCGUGGUCUGCUUCAACGGGGAUGAGUACGGAGCUAGUGUUACGUUUUUCUUAAUGAAGGGCGUCAUGAUGCUGAUUUCGGUGUUCUUCCUGGCCAUCACACUGUACAUCUACUACCUGAUUCCGGACCUGCGGGAAACCCAGGACCGCGUAACGUCCAUAGCGGUGGCCUCUCUCAUGCUCUUCAUGCUGCUGCUGGGACUCGUCCAGCUGGGUUCGUCCUCCUUCAUCCACGGCAUCGUGUGCGAAUUCAUAGGUUUCCCGAUGUACUUCUUCCUGAUCAGCUACUUUGCCUGGCUCAACAUGGUGAUGGCCAACGUCUGGAAGUUGACAGUCGCACGACGGUGGAAAAUUAGGGAGCGAACCUGGUACAUCCUGAACCACAUCUACGCACACACGGUGGCGCUCACGUUGACUGGGAUGGUGUACGUCUAUCACAUGAUGAACACGACCUUCGGGGUGGGAUCCUGCUGGUUCAACUCGGAACGGGAGCAGUCCUUCUUCGUGUAUCUGCCGCUCAGUAUCAUGCUGAGCAUCAACAUCUUCCUCUUCGUAUGGACCAGCUAUCAUCUGCACACGAGCGGCGAUGACAUUAGCCCGGACCGGAAGAAGGCACUACGUUACAAAUGCAUGCUCUACUUGAAGCUAUUUCUGCUGGCCGGGUUGAUCUGGAUUUUCGAAAUUAUCUCGUUCCACGUCGAGGAGGGCCACACGCACCGUUCAUGGUUCUGGCUGCUCAUAGACUCGAUCAACUGCCUGCACGGCGUGCUGAUCUUCCUGGUGCUGAUCGUGUGGCGGCAACGCAUCAAGCGGGAACUGUCCGGCCGGCGGAUACUGUGCUUCCGAGGGCCGGCCAGCUGGUCCGAGCUGCGGGACGACGAGCAGGAGCAGCUAGCGGCCGACGACGGUCGAGAAUACGCCAAGUAUGAUUUAAUCAUAAAGUAAGCGAGGAGCACUUUUUUGCGAAACAAUAAACGUCGUGUUGAAGAAGUUGUACUUAAUUAGGCUAGUAAAAGUUGAAAUAACAUUAGCUGUUAAGCCAAUAUAAAGCAGGGAGAAACUUCGAAAUUAACAAAAUUUGGUAUUUUUCGAGUUAGUCAUACACUAAUGACUCUAAGAGUAGAUACUUUACCAAAGAAAAUCAUUCAAAGUUUCUCUUCUACCAUAUCUACUGAAUUCAUAGCACUGUUUUACCAUUUGCUUUCAUCUAAUAAAACUGUUUACAGGAUAAUUUCAUGUUUAUAAAAGAAUAUCGACAUAAAUUGUAUAAUUUCAGCCUUC